AUGGAACAGACUUUCGUGAUGGUGAAACCGGAAGGUGUCAAAAGACGUCUGGUAGGUGAAAUUAUCAGUAGAUUCGAGAAGAAGGGGCUCUAUCUGGUCGCUAGUCGCGUGAUGAUCCCAGACAAAAAGUUGUUGGAACGGCACUACGCGGAGCACGCCAAGAAGCCGUUCUUCAACGCCCUGGUCAAACACAUGGCCUCUGGUGCCGUGGUUCCAAUGGUCUUCGAAGGGAAAAAUGCCAUUAAAGUUGCACGUAAGAUCAUUGGGGCUACGUGUCCAUUUGAGGCAGAAUGCGGGACAAUAAGAGGAGAUUACGGUGCGUGCAAAGGCCUAAACAUCGUACACGGAUCAGACUCAGCCGAGAGCGCGGAUAGGGAGAUUUCGCUCUGGUUUGGUCUGCUUGAAUCGAUCGAGUACUUCUCCUACGACGUAUAUUACGAUGAAUAA